CAAGCGUUUGCGACGGCAGCAUCGUCGUCCGCCGGUGGCACAGUGUCGAGCUAAGUUAGGAGCUUAUCUCUUUCUCUCUGCGAAGAGCGGACUGCUUAUCACUCGGUGGGCGUGAAACGCACCUCCGACCCUAUCUAGAGGAUACUGAGUGUCAGUGUGUUUGCAUUGUUGACGACAAAAAAGUGAUUGUUGUAGUGCAUCGAGCGUGCGGAUCGCAUUAAAGGUGCACUCACGCCGCGUUCGGACCUCGUGCAGGUGAGCGUUCAAUCGGAUUUUCUGCCUGGCAAUAACGCAUUAAAUCAGUCAGUGAGUGCAGCAUGGUGUGAUAGGAAGCUUCGGCUGCUCUCGCCCUCUUUCUCGGGGUUGCGUGUCGCGAUGACUUGGACGCGAUGCCUGCCCUCCAACCACCACAGCAGAAGACUGCUCGAGCCCUGGUCCCACGUGGUGACCGCCCUGGUGGUGCUGUUGCUCGUCGCCGCGCGGGGUGGCGCCUGGGUCGACGACGCCAGGGCCAAAGUCUACGUCCAGUUCGGAGACGAGCGAGCCGAGAGGUUCCUUGGUAACCAGUCGCACAAGGACCACUUCAAACUACUCCAGAAAGACCACAACUGGCUGCUAGUCGGCGCGAGAAACAUCGUGUACAACGUUAGCCUGCAUGAUCUCACAGAGGCUGUGGAACAUAGAAUCGAUUGGCCGGUCGGCAAGGCGACGAAGGAGUUGUGCACUGUCAAGGGCAAGCUCGAGGAUGACUGCCAGAAUUACAUCCGAGUUUUGGUCAAAAUCAAUGACGAGAAACUGCUCGUCUGCGGAACCAACGCCUACAGCCCGAAAUGCAAGGACUACCGUCUGCAGGAUGGUUAUUUUACCAUGGGCAACGAGAGCGAGGGAAAGGCCCUGUGCCCUUUCAGCCCAGACCACAACAGCACGAGCGUGUAUGUCGAUGGACAACUGUACACGGCGACCGUGGCGGAUUUCUCGGGCACCGACCCGAUGAUCUACCGCGCCCCGCUGCGGACUGAACGCUCCGACCUGAAGCAACUGAACACGCCCAACUUUGUGAAUUCGUUCGCCUACAAAGACUACGUAUUUUUCUUCUUCCGCGAGAUUGCCGUGGAAUACAUCAACUGCGGCAAGGCCAUGUUCUCUCGAGUGGCCCGCGUGUGCAAACACGACAAAGGCGGUCCGCACCAGUUUGGAGACAGAUGGACGUCCUUCCUCAAGUCUCGUCUCAACUGCUCCGUCCCAGGGGACUACCCCUUUUACUUCGAUGAAAUUCAGUCUACGAGCGACGUCAUCGAGGGCGAGUACGGCGGCGCCGCUAACCAGCUGGUGUACGGCGUGUUCACGACGCCGUCCAAUUCGAUCAGCGGCUCGGCGGUGUGCGCGUUCAGCAUGCAGGACGUGAUGCAGUCGUUCGAGGGCCAGUUCAAGGAGCAGGAGACCAUGAACGCCAACUGGCUGGCUGUGCAGACGCAGAAGGUGCCUGAGCCGCGGCCCGGUGGCUGCGUCAACGACUCGCGCACCCUGCCCGACCUCACGGUCAACUUUGUCAAGAACCACGCCCUCAUGGACAAGCCUGUGCCUUCCUUCUUUGGACAACCCGUUGUUAUCCGCGUUAGCAUGCAGUAUCGCUUCACACAAAUCGCCGUGGACGCGCAGGUGGAGACAGCGGACGGCAAGAAAUAUGACGUGCUCUUCCUGGGCACAGACAAUGGCAAGGUGAUCAAGACGCUGAACGCGGCGUCGUUCGACUCGGACUCGAACGUGAGCCCGGUCGUGGUGGAGGAGAUCCAGGUGCACCCGCCGCAGUCAAACAUCGCCAUCAAGAACAUGCAAGUGAUGCGGAUGCGCGGCGGCGUAGACAAGUCCAAACUGGUGAUCAUCUCGGACGACGAGGUGACCGCCAUCAAGCUGCACAGGUGCGGCAGCGACAAGGUCAGGUCGUGCAGGGAGUGCGUCGCCCUGCAGGACCCCUACUGCGCGUGGAGCGUGCUGCAGGAGCGCUGCGUGGCAGGCGGUACCGCCCAGGCCUGGACAUCCAUCGGAGGACGCCUCCUCCAGAACAUAUCCUCCGGGGAGCACUCUGGAUGCGGUGCUGAAGCAACCCCACCUGUAGCAGUACAGACUGAGAAAAAUAGUCCCAAUGAACCUGUUAGUUCGACUGCAACCACUCCACCUUGCGUGUGCCCGCACCCUGUCGAAGGUGACUCGCAAAGCACACCUUCCCCGCCAGUGGUUUUGGUAAAGCCCGACCCGCGGGGCUUUUACCGAACCUUGGUUGACGGUGGUGACGCGUCCGACCGAUCGUCCAACUCUAUAAAUCCGUUGCAUAAAUACGACCCGCAAGACAAUGAAAUCGGUCGUGAUCUGGACGAAAUCAACAUCAUUCCCAGCACGCUGGCCGAAAUCAAUCACCCAGGGCCGAAGCUGCACGCGUCGCAGGAGCGGCCGCAAAUCUACUCGGCAGAUACGCUGGCCGUGGCCGUGGUGGUGGCCAUCGUGGUGGCCCUGGCCAUUGGUUUCACCGCCGGAUUCGCCAUUUCGCGUCGGUGUUGCGGAUCCGACGGCGAAUACGUAUCGACCUAUAGGGACCGGCCCUUUCAUGAGCACCUCAAUAGCGAGAGCUUUAAGCAGACGAGCUUCCCAGGUCACGACGGAGCUCUGAACGACUCUGCCUACCUGCCGCCGUGCUCGAACAACAAGCCCAUCAACCUGGUGCUGAACGUGCCGCCGAAGAACGCGAACGGCAAGAACGCCAACUCGUCGGCCGAGAACAAGCCGGUGCAGAAGGUCAAGAAGACCUACAUUUAGUGCUGACUGCUGCUCCGCCUGCUCGCGUGGCGCCACAAGAAGGUUUUGUGACUUUUGAGAUGAAUGUGCCUCCUGUAAGAUUUAUGCUAGACUUUCGGACGACAAGAGCCUUUUGAGUCUAUUCCGUGUUGUUGGCCAGACUUUCCGUUGUGCACUCGAGACGUUCAAAAGCGGUGACACUGUUAUUUGAUAUAAAUAAAUAAUUAAAGCAAAUGAUGUUGUGCAAGCAGACACGUGAGCGAGAGAAAUAGGAAUGGUUGUCUCUAGUUUUGUGCACGCGGUGAGUUUUAUUAUUGAAGAAUGUCGUGUAAAUAAUGCGUAAAUCGACGGUUCUUUAUAUCUAUACAUACACAGACAAAAACAGAUAAUUAUUAUAAAGCCGACGGGAGCAAAGAAGUGAAUUGUGAUUGCGAACGAGGAAUGCAUGCGAAAAUAAAAACUACUCUAAGCUUGUACUCGCAAACGGUCAGUUCCAGACGAGAGUGGACAACGCUGUACAUAUUGAAAGGUUGCGCGCAUGACGACGAGAACACGCCCACGUUAACUGGGAAUUUUCAUGUUGAAUGACUGAUUAUUAUUACUACACAUGCAUAUUAUUGCUAUGAAAAUAUAUACCGAGUCGCAGACUUUGCGUUUCGUACAUGUAAAUGCAAAUGAGAUAUUUUUUCUGCUGUGUAACCGUAACCACCCACCCACCCAACCAACCAACCAAUCUUUUCGCGCGACAGUACAAUUUUGAUUUCGACGCCGGGUUUUGUUGUCUCAUUUUUCGCUGAGGACGGAACUCGUGCAGUGAUUCAGUAAACGCAAGUUAAGAAGCAGAAAUGUAAUAAGAUUAUAUAGGCCUAUACUACACACUACACGCUACGAGACGAGAGUAACUCGAUCGCUGGAGAUAGGGAUAAAAAGGUCAAUGUCAUUUUGUAUAAUAAUUAAUUUACCCGCAUACCUAUCAUACCCUCUAAAGAGAAACUGUACUAGACGUGGUGGUCAAUCUUUUUUCUAUGAUCAAACAAUUCGAUUGCCGCCUUUUGCGGUCCGCUCGCUGCGACAAAAAUUUCCAAGUCAGAAUCUCCAUCUGAUAUAUAAUGUCUUGUUAAAUAUAGACUGUGAUUUAAAUCAUUUUAAAAGCCCUGCAAUCAAUUUCGAACCAUUUGGUUGUCCCACAACUUGAUUCCCUUUCAAAGGUCAAAUCUGAUUCUGGUCGCCGCGAAGUGGAAACAAAUCGAGAGGAUAUAUAAUAUUUGGCCACCGACGGCAUAAAAUUGACCAUGUACUUGACAAAAUAGACGAAGCUUUGAAAAUGACGGCAUAAUCCAAUCAUUGUUCAUUUUGUAAGAGAAGAUUCACUCGCGCUCGUUCACACUUUUGAUACAAAAAAAAAUAAGCGAAAGAAACGGUCACUCUGUGCUGCGUACACUGUGUUGUAUUCAUUUUGUUCCAAAGAAGUUAAUUGAUAAGUUUGUCCGCCGACUCUGGCUCGUGACCUGGGCUUUGCUGCCGUUUUUUGAGACCCGCCUACACGCAAAUUGCCAUUUUGUGAUCUCCCCCUGAGAUGGAAAUACUCUUUUUUGGCUCCUAUUAUUUUUCUACUCAAAAGCCCAGCGCUCGAGAGCAGAGUCGCACUUUCUGAAGCCGUCGCCGCCUCUCCAAUAAUUGUAAAGCCCGACAGGCGGCGCCGCCUUUCAGAUUUCAAUGCUCAUACGUUUUGUUUUAAUUACUGGGUACGUGACUUGGUUUAUCAAAGAUAAGUCAGCUGAAUAUUGGCGCAUUACCUGCGUGCUGCUAUUACGUAUUUGACUUACAGGGCGUUUACACUGAACAAAUAUGAAUUGUACAUUAUCUUGAUAAAAAGCAGAUUUGCCAAAUUAAAGUUAGUGUUUUUUCACACUCACUCUUUCGACAAGGUUCAUCUGUUAAAUUGCUAGAUGUCAGGAAAAAACAGUAUAAUGUUCAAUUUAAUUUUUUAUACUACGUGAAUAAAUAUGCCGCGUUCUGUUGCGAUUCAAAAGGAAAACACUUGCACAAGAUGUUUUCAUUCACUGCGUAUGCCUACUGAGAAGUUUUAGAAAAAUAACGUGGAUAUAAAACACACACACACACACUGUUCUAUAUUAAGAUGUAAUGUAAGAUCUCUGCGCUCUUUUGUAUUAAUGUAUUAUAAAAUGGAUUAUAAUUGUGCCCAUCAAGUAAACUCCCUGUAAAAAAUAAAAAUAAAGGAUUUUUAAAAACAA